GUGCCACACCGCACCGCACCGCACCCGCAAGCGCAAGCCCAGCCGCCUCGUCGUGUUCGCGUUCGUCGCGCGGCUCCGACCUCCAAAGCCGCCGCUACCCUUCCCGUCUUCGUCGUCGCCGCGCACGCAGAUCGCGAACCAGCCCGCGCGCCGCGCAGCAGCGCCGCGGAGAGGAAAGGAGAGCUCCGCCGCGCACCCCCCGCCACCAUCUUGUAGGGAGAGAUGGGGCUCACGUUCACGAAGCUGUUCAGCCGCCUCUUCGCGAAGAAAGAGAUGAGGAUUCUCAUGGUCGGGCUCGAUGCAGCCGGUAAGACCACCAUCCUCUACAAGCUCAAGCUUGGCGAGAUCGUCACGACCAUCCCCACCAUCGGAUUUAAUGUUGAAACCGUGGAAUACAAGAACAUCAGCUUCACUGUUUGGGAUGUCGGUGGCCAGGACAAGAUCAGGCCCCUGUGGAGGCACUAUUUCCAGAACACACAGGGACUCAUCUUUGUUGUGGACAGCAAUGAUAGGGAGCGUGUUGUUGAGGCCAGAGACGAGCUUCACAGGAUGCUGAACGAGGAUGAGCUGCGUGAUGCUGUGCUGCUUGUAUUUGCAAACAAACAAGAUCUUCCUAAUGCCAUGAAUGCAGCUGAAAUCACUGACAAGCUUGGUUUGCAUUCCCUGCGCCAGAGGCACUGGUACAUUCAGAGCACUUGUGCUACAUCUGGUGAAGGGUUGUAUGAGGGUCUUGACUGGCUUUCCAACAACAUUGCCAGCAAGGCUUGAGCGUUUUGGCAGCUGGAUAUCUGAACAAUUCACUAGUGCCGGUUUACAUAUUAUAUAACAUAUACACCCUACCACACAUAGUGUGGGUGCCUGUGAAGGAAAAAACUCCUUUGUGGAGGCUAGUACCAGAUUGUUCCUUUUCGUGGGCACUAUAAGUGCUUAUAUUUUGUUUGGUUUUACAACAUUUACUGUGCUGUCCAUAUGUACCCGUUUGUUCUGAGAUGGUCUAGUAAAUUGAUAUGCUUUGUCACGGACUUGGUGUGAGCAUUGUAUUUUAGUUUUUCUAUGAUCUAGUGCCAGUGUAGAUAUUAUUUUCCUCA